GAGGCCUCGCGGGAAGGGCGGUCCCGCGCGCUGCGGUGGCGGCGCUGUGGGAGGCUCGGUGGCGCCCCCCGGAGGUGCUGCCCCCCCCGCCCCGCUGCUGCGGCCAUGGCGGCGCCGCUCGCCUCGCCCGGCCACCGCAGCCGCUUCGAGCAGGAGCAGGACCGCGCCGUCCGAGCGCUGGUGCGCAGCGUGACUGGCCUGCCUGAGGAGGAGCUGGGCAGCGAUCGGUUCCAGGCGGCGCUCAAUUUCGCUUGGUCCAACUUCAGGUCAGCGCCCGCCGUCCCCGACCCGGCACGAAGCUCCGCGGCUGCGGCGGCUUCGCCGUGCCCAUUACUACCGGGGCGAGCGAGCGGACCCUUUCGCUGCGCUGGGCGGGGCACACCGGCGCUGCUGACGGAAAGAGCCCCCGGCGGGCUCGGCCUCCGACGCCGGGCAGGGCCCCCUCCUCGGUGCCGGGGCACUGCGGUGCGGUGUGACCGGGCAGCGCUGUCGCCUGGAAAGAAGGGGGGCCCUGUGUCUGCUGAGGUGUGGCACAGGGCCGUGGGCUGCCGUACCCGCCGGGCACGGUGUCUGGGAUUUCACCGUUUUCUUGAUGUGAACAGUCACAAAGUAGAGAGGACGAUAGAAGGAAUACAUGAAAAAUUGAUAGUUCAUUCUGACCUUGGAAAAGCUGCAAGCUGGAAAAGACUAACAGAAAAAUUUCUGAACUUGCCACUCCCAAGUAUUGAAGAAACAAAGACAGAUACACACUAUUCCAUACUGUCUCUUCUGUUAUGUUUGUCUGAUUCUCCAUCCAACACCACCUAUGUCGAAAAACCAAAAGUCAAAGAAGUGGAUUCCUUUUUGAAUGAUCUCUGCACAUUCCCUCGGCGGUGUUUUGAAUGCACUUUCAGCCCAUUCCAGGAAUGUGAAUAUGAAGAGGUUAUCUCAAACAGCACUAAUUACAAAAAGGAAGAAGAAUUCGAUUGGGGAAAGUAUCUGAUGGAAGGAGAAGAAAUAUACUUUGGCCCAGGCAUAGAUACACCAGAUUUGUCUGGAGAAAGUGAAGAGGAGGAAGACACUCAGCCUUUGAGCAGGGAGGACUCCGGUAUUCAAGUAGACAGGACACCUUUAGAAGACCAUGACCCAAAUAAGAAAACAGUACCUAAUGUUUCCUGGAAAGUCGGUGAACCUGAUGCCCGCAGCUGGCUGGAGCAGCAUGUUGUUCCUCAGUACUGGACAGGAAGAGCUCCUCGCUUUUCACAUAGUUUGCACUUGCAUUCCAACCUAGCUGCGGUCUGGGACCACCACUUGUACACCAGUAAUCCUUUAUAUGUGCCGGAAGAGAGAACACUAGUCACUGAAACUCAGGUUAUACGGGAAACUCUUUGGCUACUUUCAGGAGUGAAAAAGCUUUUUAUAUUUCAGCUGAAUGACGGAAAAGUGGCUGUGCGGAAUGAUAUUAUUGUAACGCAUUUAACCCAUAAUUGCCUGAGAUCUGUAUUGGAGCAGAUAGCAGCAUAUGGUCAAGUUGUGUUUAGACUACAGAAGUUUAUUGAUGAAGUGAUGGGACACAGCCCAGAAAGCAUAAUGCAUGGAACAGUUUCAACUCCAAAGAAAACUACCGAAGCCCCGUUCAGAACCUACCAAGCUUUUAUGUGGGCCUUGUAUAAAUAUUUCAUUAGCUUUAAAGAAGAACUUACUGAAAUUGAAAAAUGCAUAAUCAACAAAGAUAAAACUGUCACACUUUCAAUAGUAAUAGAUAAAUUGUCUCCCCGACUGGCACAGCUGAAAGUACUUCACAAGGUUUUCAGCACAGGAGUAGCAGAAGUGCCACCUGACACUAGAAAUGUUGUACGAGCAUCUCAUCUGCUUAAUACUCUCUACAAAGCUAUUCUUGAAUAUGACAGUGUUGGAGAAGCAUCCGAACAAACGGUAUCCCUUCUGUUCUCUCUCUGGGUUGAAACUGUGAGGCCAUACUUACAGACAGUGGAUGAGUGGAUAGUCCAUGGUAAUUUGUUUGAUCCUGCAAAGGAAUUUAUCAUUCAGAGAAACAAAAACGUUCCAGUUAAUCACAGAGAUUUUUGGUAUGCUACCUACACGUUAUAUAGUGUGUCAGAGAAGACGGAGAAUGAGGAGAAGAUGAGCGAUAAUGCCAGUGCCAGUUCUGGCAGUGAUCAGGCCCCUUCAAGCAGGCAACACACUAUGGUCUCUUUUCUGAAACCUGUGCUAAAGCAAAUCAUCAUGGCUGGAAAAUCCAUGCAGCUGUUGAAGAAUCUUCGAUGCAAAGAUGGCUCUCCGCAGCAGGCCGCAUCAAGAGAUGCUGAACGAAAGAGUUUGUAUACACUGUUCUUGGAAUCGGUGCAGUCUCGCCUGCGGCACGGGGAAGAGUCUGUUCCAGAUAUUAUUACAGAACAGCAGGCCACAAAGCAGAGCCUGAUAAAGAUGCAGUCUAUAGCAGAAAGACACUUGGAACUGGAUGAUGUCCAUGAUCCACUGCUGGCUAUUAAUUUUGCCAGAUUAUAUUUGGAACAGAGUGACUUUCAUGAGAAGUUUACUGGUGGAGAUGUUUGUGUAGAUAGAUCCUCAGAAUCUGUGACCUGCCAGACUUUUGAACUGACACUGAGGUCUUGCCUUUAUCCGCACAUAGGCAAGCAAUACUUUGAGUGCUGUGGUAAUCUAAUGCAAACUUUAAAAAAGGAUUAUAGGCUUGUGGAAUAUUUGCAGGCAAUGAGGAACUUUUUCUUACUUGAAGCUGGAGAUACCAUGUAUGACUUCUAUACAUCUAUUUUUGACAAAAUUAGAGAAAAGGAAACUUGGCAGAAUGUUGCUUUCUUAAAUGUUCAACUUCAAGAAGCAGUUGGGCAGCGCUAUCCAGAGGACAGUGCAAGGUUGUCUAUAUCAUUUGAAAGUGUUGAUACAGCAAAGAAGAAACUCCCUGUCCACACCUUAGAUGGUUUGACAUUGAGUUACAAGGUUCCUUGGCCUGUGGAUAUAGUUAUAAGCUUAGAGUGCCAAAAAAUUUACAAUCAAGUUUUUCUGCUCUUACUGCAAAUAAAAUGGGCGAAAUACAGUCUAGAUGUUCUACGAUUUGAUGAACUAGUCUGUGCUGCAGAAAAUCCACAGAUUAAGGAAGGAACUUCAUUAGAACAAGGAGCACUUCCUCUAUUUCCACCACAACCAGAAAGUAUAAAGCAACAAAUACAUCGCAUGUUCCUCUUAAGAGUGAAACUCAUGCAUUUUGUUAACAGCCUGCACAACUACAUCAUGACUAGGAUUCUUCACAGUACAGGCUUGGAGUUUCAGCAUCAGGUGGAAGAAGCCAAAGAUUUAGAUCAAUUGAUAAAGAUACAUUACAGAUAUCUAUCUACAAUCCAUGAUCGCUGCCUACUGAGAGAAAAGGUGAGCUUUGUGAAAGAAGCUAUAAUGAAAGUGUUAAAUUUGGUACUGAUGUUUGCAGACCGUUGGCAGGCUGGUCUGGGGGCUUGGAAGAUGGAAUCCAUAGAGAAGAUGGAAUCUGAUUUUAAAAACUGUCACAUGUUUCUUGUAACUGUUCUCAACAAAGCUGUCUGUCGAGGCUCUUUUCCUCACUUGGAAUCUUUAGCUUUGUCACUGAUGGCUGGCAUGGAACAAAGUUAACACCCGAGUCCAUUGAACUGAUAAAGAACUGAAAGCAGCAUUUAUGUUGACAUUCCUAUGUUAAAAAACUGUAAGCGUUUUAUAGUCCAGUUGGAAAUGUGUAUAGCUAAAUGGCACUGAGGGUUUGGAGCUGUGUAAAAUAGCUGAAAAUGUAAAUAAUGUACAGGUAUUUAAGUGUAUUGGCUGUGGCAGUGUUUUUCUCUGUAUGAAUAUGUUUCAGCAUCAAAAACCAUGUACAGUGUAAAAUUCAUCCUGUGUAAGCAAUCUUACUUGAAAAUACGGAAAAUGUAUUUCAUGUUGUAAAAAGGAUUUAUUUUUUGUUGAAUUAGGAAUAAUUGCUGAUUUACUGUUUUCCAUUGCUUUUGCAGCUGUGAAUAGAUCAUAGGGCAGUGUGGAGUGGUGUGACUCAAUUCUUAGUAUUCAAAAGGCUUAUUUUUGGCCUUUUUUCCUUUGAAAAAAGGGCUAAGAAGCAUUCUUCUUACUUGCUUAAUGGUUCUUAAGAACUCUUUGGGAACAGUUAUGACUGUUACAAUAAGCUGAUGUAAAAAAUACAAGAUUAAUUUAUCAAAAUGGUUUAUUGCAGACCAUAAAAUAGCAAUAUUUGUAUGUUAAAUGAUCAAACACUUACUAAUUUUAGCAGUAACUCUUGUCAGUUUAAGUAGGAUCAAGAUCACGGUGUGUAAUAUAUUAGUUUUAACUACUGGAUCGCUGAGAUGUCUCAGAGGUGGCCAGGUAUGACUUGACUGUUCUCCUUCUAAGCCUUUUGCAAACAAACAUUACAUCUAAUGGCUGAUGUCUUGUAAAGUGGUAGAUUGUAAUGCAGAAGGGUACAUUUCUAGAGAAGUAAAUGUGGAACAUGUUCUGGGCAAGGUGACUUGCCCUCUCUCCUCCCCAUGAACAUUCCUCGGUAAUUCUGGCAUCAGUACACCUGCAUUUAAAAAGAGAAAAUCAAUCACAGACAUUUAUCUAUUUGUUUAGUUGAAUAAAUAAAAGAUUUAGUAAUUGGAA